AUUGAGCCAGUGAAGAGGGGUCUCACUGGAAGUUGCCUAUGGCCACUCUGGGGUGUGUGGUGUAGGUACUGUGCUUUCUAAGGGUGCUUGGUGUCUGCAGGGUCUGGGUCUCACAGGGCAAAUUGGCCAAUGGCACCCGUAUGCUGGAUCAGUGAUUCUCAACCAGGGGUCUGGGCCCACUUGGGAGGCCGCAAGCAGGUUUCAGGGAUUCCGCCAAGCAUGGCCAGUAUUAGACUCGCUAGGACCCACGGCAGAAAGCCAAAGCCCCCCUGUGCAGGACUGCAGCCCGGGGCCCCAAGCCGCACCACCCGGGGCUAAAGCCGAAGCCUGAGCAACUUAGCUUCACGAUGCCCCCCGCUUGCUAUCCCCUAAUGCUGGUCUUGGCUUUUAUAUGCAGAAAACCAGUUGUUGUGGCACAGAUGAGCUGUGGAGUUUGUAGAGCAUGUUGGGGGGCCUCAGAAAGGAAAAGGUUGAGAACCCCUGUGCUGGAGGAAGGAGUAAUUCAAGGGAUCCCCCUGAGAAUGGCUCCUCUGGUGGUAUGUGACACCUAGAUCAGGACUGGAUGGAGCUAGAUUUCCCUGGGCUCAGCCAUCAGUCAGACCUUAGUCUCCAAGCUUUUCCCUCCUCCUAGGGUGUUUUCCAGGGUCCCCAUGGCCUGGCUAGGACUCUCCCAGGCCUGAUCACUGCAGAGGGGCAGCUCUUUUCAAAAGAGCUCAGCAUGCUCAUUUGUGGCCAGAUGGUCAAGUGCUCAGCUCCCACUGAGGCACCAGAGUCAGGAGCAUAUUUUCUGUAGCACUCCAUUCCCACUGUGAUGCUUAUGGCCUGAUUUUCUAUAAGGCACUGAGCUCUUUUGGAAAAUCUGGCCCUAAUGGACAAAUCAAAAAGACAGAAUGCUGGUAACUGGCCACCACCUGUUAGUUCGGGAGUGGGGGAGCCUAACCCCUCCCCAAAAAAACCCUUUGAAGCAAGAAAUCUUCCCCCCAGAUCAGAGUGCCCCCUCACAGGCCGGAGAAACCCAAGGCCUCCUGGAGCCAGGCCCUUCCCUUGUUGACUGAGUGAUGUUCACACCCUUUGUUCCACCACUGCAGGAGUGUCCUGCUGGUAAUACUCUGCACAGGGAGCUAGAUAAGGUCUGCCAAGUUCACCGUGGCCCUGAAGGCUGCUGAGGGAGAGACUUGUUGCAGCCCAUGCAUCCCCCUCACUCCAGGCUCCAUGCUGCUGUCAGAUCAGGCACUGUCAAGGAAAGUGCUGAAACAGGAGCUGCAGGGCGGGAGCUGCUGCUUCCAUUUCCUGGCUCCCUCCCCCCACCAAUAAAAGUGAGGCUGAAGGUGAAACACGUGCCAGUGAGAGCCCUAAAGAGGAAAAGCAUUUGGAGCUGGUGUGUGUGUAAAGCCAUGUCACUAGCACUAUCCAAGACACUCCGAGAGCCUGAACGUUCAAAGCUGCAAACCCCCUGGCUCCUAAAACCCGAGCAAACAACAUUCCUUUCUCUUGUGCCCUUGGCCUCCAAGCGCCCUGCACACCGGAGUUGCAUCACCCACUCCUGAAACAUAGUCACCUCUGGAGGUGGACGCAACAACUGUUUGACAGUCUCACACCAACACCCGAUGAGAAGGGAGGAAAACUCCUGUACCCAGUUGAAACUAGGGAGGCGUUUAGGGAGGCUGAAUGGAAUUUAGCUGGGAUACACUUCAAACUGCAGAGAAGUUUUCCCCUGUUCCCUGGUGACUUACACCAAUGUUCCGUUUGGGCUGAACUUUGAUCACAGUGUCAUGUGUUGAAGAUGCACCUGGGUAACUCCCAAAGCAGGGGGAGGAGAUCUUACGCCUCCAGCUUGCCUUUGACUUGGUGACUGGGAAGGUGGAAGGAAUCCUGGUGUUGCUGGCUGGGCCAGUGGCCCCCCUGCAGCUCACCGCCUGGAUUGCCUUCUCUUGGCAGGUUGUGCCUGGCUGUCGUGCUGGCUGUUCUCCCCACCAUGGCUGCCAGUGAAGUGGUAUCAGCUGCCCUACAGGACUCGUGGGGGGACUUCUGGCUCUUCCGUUUCUUCCUUAAUGCUGCGGGCUAUGCGAGCAUCAUGGUGCCAGGGUUUCUGCUCAUCCAGUACUUCAAGAGAAAGAAUUACCUGGAGACAGGCCGCGGCAUUUGCUUCCCCGUCAUCAAGUCGUGCAUCUUUGGCAGCGAGGCCAAGUCCGCACAUCCAGAUGACAUCUCCCUGGCGGCCCGGAAUGAGACCAUGGAGUCCUCGACGGCCCAGCAGAUCCUCAAGCUGCUCUUCUGUGCUGCUGGCCUUCAGGCUUCCUACCUGACGUGGGGUGUCCUCCAGGAGCGGGUCAUGACCCGGACAUAUGGGGCCACUGAGACAGAUCCUGGUGAGAAGUUCAAAGAUUCCCAGUUCCUGGUCUUCAUGAACCGGAUCCUGGCCUUCACCGUAGCCGGCCUGUACUGUGCCCUCAUCAAGCAGCCGCGCCACGGUGCCCCCAUGUACAAGUAUUCCUUUGCCUCACUCUCCAACAUCCUCAGCAGCUGGUGCCAAUAUGAGGCACUCAAGUACAUCAGCUUCCCUACCCAGGUGCUGGCCAAGGCCUCCAAGGUGAUCCCAGUCAUGCUGAUGGGCAAGCUGGUGUCGCGCAAGAGCUACGAGUACUGGGAGUACCUGACGGCGGUGCUUAUCUCGGUGGGGGUCAGCAUGUUCCUGCUCUCCAGCGCCCCCACCAAGCACCUCUCCACCGUCACUACCUUCUCAGGCGUGGUCCUCCUUGCUGGCUACAUCGUCUUCGACAGCUUCACCUCCAACUGGCAGGACGCCCUCUUCACCUACAAGAUGUCCCCGGUGCAGAUGAUGUUUGGGGUGAACGUCUUCUCCUGCCUCUUCACGAUGGGCUCGCUGCUGGAGCAGGGCGCCCUGCUGGAGUCGGUCCGCUUCAUGGCCCGCCACUCCGAGUUCGCGGUCCACGCCGUGCUGCUGUCCAUCUGCUCCGCCUUUGGCCAGCUCUUCAUCUUCUACACCAUCAAUCAGUUUGGGGCGGCCGUCUUCACCAUCAUCAUGACGCUGCGCCAGGCUUUUGCCAUCCUGCUCUCCUGCCUCAUCUACGGGCACGCCAUCACCGUGGUGGGCGGGCUGGGCGUCGCCGUGGUCUUUAUGGCUCUCUUCCUGCGCGUCUAUGCCCGCAGCCGCAUGAAGAAGCGUAGCAAGAAGCUGCCCACCGGCGAGGUCCCAGUGCAGAAGGUUUAGGGACCAUGGGACAGACCAUGCCCUCCUCCCCUCUCCCACUGCAGGGCACUUGCUUUAUUUCUCUUCUCUUCGUGAACCUACUGAGGAGGGGGGGAGAAACAAUGACUCCCUUUGCCAACUGCUUUUCCUGGACAAGGAGCUGGAGUGGGCUUGGAGGAAGCGAGAUGCUUUCCGGGCCUCCACUGCAUCUUUCUCCUGUUGCCUUAAUAGGUCUGAGUAUUUCAGUGCUCUGAGAUUGCUCCAGAAAGGGAGCAGAGGGCAGGUCUAGUUCCCAGGAGUGCAGUGGGGUUAACUCCUGCCCUAGCUCCAUCUGGUACUCGGGGCUUCUCUUGAAGAUUAUUUAUGAACAAGGGAACUUUAUUCCCUGGCACUUUCUUGACUCCAGCUUCACUCCCCAUUUCUUUCCUCACUACAGAGCCGAUAGUAAGGGAACGGCAAGAAAACACUAUCAUUUUUCUUUACAGAUAUGUAUGAUUGAGAGGGAAGCUCCAGUCUCAGCCUGCCCCAGCAGCAGGUGGUGUAGGGAACGGGGCAGGAGCGCUGGCUGGACGGGGGGGAACUCUCAGCUACAUCAGUCCCUGCCUUUCCCAACAGGAGGCGCUGUAGGGAAUGUGGCAGGAGCAUGGGGCCUCCCUAGCCACAUCCCAUUCCAAGGCUGGUAAAAGAGCUGCUGCGUAGCAGUCUGGAUUUGUGGCAGGUGCCUCUUGAACAGUAGCCAUGUCCUUGCUGGCUUGGCAGGUCAGUGCACUACGCUGUCGCGGCUGGGAGCCUUCUCCAUUUCUGUCUCCUGGCCUGGCACUUCUGCUCCAUUCCAUUUGUGUUUUGUGCUGCUUUUCCUUUCUUGUCAUAGGUUUGAACUAGAACUCCCAGGCUCCCCUAAGGGCGCUUUCUGCUCUCUGGCUUCAGGGAUUUGUAAUUGGCUCCUACCCUUUAGAAAAGCACAAAGAUCCCCUUCCUGGGAUGUUCCUCCUUUUUCCUGCCUGCAGGAGGUGCCAGCGCCAGCCCACUCAGCAGCCUAACUAGGGCUUUGUGGUACGCAGCGGUCCCGGAGACAGGACAAAGCCCAGCCCAGGUUCCCUUUCCCUGCACGGGGCUGCUCUCAAUCCUGGAUGCAGGGAGCCACUUGCCCUGGCUCCACCUCGGGAAGCUGGGUUUGACCCAGUAACUGUUUUGUUUCCGAACAGACCAGGCCCCCCCCCCCCAUCUGCUAGGGGAAUGGUUUGGGUACUUUUAAAAUGCAACUUGGUCUCUUUUUAUUAAAUUAAAAAGCUGCUGCAACCAGUG